AUGAUCGUAAAAUUUUUCUUCGCCGCAAUUUUCUGCAUAUCCAAGACGGCAUUGGAAGUUCACGAGUCCGUACAAUAUGAAUUGAGAACUUUCUAUAGCAGCUUGAAUGAGGAAGAAAAAGCGCAGUUAAAAAAAUUCGCUAAAGCUAGUGCUACCAACUUUUCAUUCACAGAUGUUCAAUUUUUGGAUAAUUUAAAGAAUGAAGCAGCAGAACUUUUCAGCAAGGUAAUUGGUUUGAGGGACAUAAUUAAUAAGAAAUUGGAUACUAUGCAACCGGAAAGUCGACUGUUCAUUGAAAAUCUACUGCGACGAUUUUUGGCAGCUUUUAGUCAAGAUGGAAUAAUGAACAUUCUUGAAGCAUUGAAAGGAUAUGGAAAGGAAGUUAUAGACAUGUUUGAUGGACUAUCAAAACCAAUUCAGGAUGAUAUUCUUAAAGCUUUUCCUACUAUUGGAUUAUAUCUUACAAACGAUAUUACUCGUUUGAUGUUGCGGAAACUGGCUGAACUGGAUAUGAUCUUCAGAGCAUCGACUACAACUCCAAUCGUUGAUCAGAUUCUGGAUGAUUCAGGAAAAGAUUUUCCCAAUUCACAACUAGUCGGACCUGAAGAUCCUGCAAAUAUUGAUGCAGAGGACAGCACUCGUCUUGAGAAGAACAAAUUAGUAACAACUACUGUAUAUCCAUCAGACGAUGAUGAAUUGUUGCUUAUCAAAAAAGUUGUAAGGAGUAAAUAA